UAGCCACUACUCUCUUAACUCAAUCUCCACACACUUCUCUCCCUGAAAAUGUCGCCGUUGGUAUCCAUCUCCGCCGGCGGACCACUUCCGAUCCUACUUUCCACCACGCCAACAACUGCUACCUUCUCUUCCCGACGUUUUUCUACCCCAUUUGCUUCUCUCGCCUCAUCACAAUCUCCACCACCUCCGCCACAACCCCAGUCAAAGUCAAACUCAUCUUCCUCUAAAACGCCUUUUGUCGUCGAUUCCUCCUCGUCCAAAUCGUCAAAUAACAGCUUCAACUACGCACUUGCAAACCCUAACGGAAGCGAUCCUGCUUUGAAGUUUGUGAGGUCCACUGAGUCUGGCAUUGAAAAGGUGAUAUUUGACUUCCGGUUUUUGGCACUUCUGGCUGUUGGAGGCUCAUUGGCCGGAUCCUUGUUAUGCUUCCUAAAUGGUUGUGUUUAUAUUGUCGAUGCAUAUAAAGUCUACUGGACGAGCUGUUCAAAAGGAGUUCAUACAGGGAAGAUGGUACUGCGAUUAGUUGAAGCAAUAGAUGUUUAUCUUGCUGGGACAGUCAUGCUAAUCUUUGCAAUGGGCUUGUACGGGUUAUUCAUCAGUAAUUCACCCAAUAAUGUACCAGCAGCAGAUGAUCGUGCUCUUAAGGGUUCUACCUUAUUCGGGAUGUUUGCUUUAAGAGAGCGACCUAAAUGGAUGAAGAUCAGUUCGCUUGAUGAACUGAAGACAAAAGUUGGACACGUGAUCGUGAUGAUUCUUCUAGUAAAGAUGUUCGAGAGGAGCAAAAUGGUGACGAUAGCGACUGGUUUAGAUCUGUUAAGCUACUCUGUUUGUAUAUUUCUAUCUUCUGCUUCCUUGUACAUUCUUCAUAAUCUUCACAAAGAUGAUCAUAAAUAAUUAACUUCAUAUAAA